AUGAGCUCAAUGUCAGCCGCUCCCGCGACCUCCGCCAACCUCGGCGCCGACCUCAAGUCGUCCGGCUCUUCCAAUGCCGCCGCAAAGCCAAAGCCCUGCUGCGUCUGCAAGGACGAAAAGGCUGCCCGCGACGAAUGCAUGCUCUUCUCCAACAGCGACAACGCCCAAGAGGAUUGCAAGGACAUGGUCUCCAAGUACAAGUCCUGCAUGGCUGGGUUUGGUUUCAACAUCUAG